AUGGAAGACCGAGACGCCCCCGCCCCGACUCGCCUGGUCCUCUUCCGCACCCCCGCCAACGGCGACAGCUACCCCACCACGCUAGCACGCUACGCGCCCAUCUCGGUGCCCGCGCUCGCAGACCGGCUGCUGCCAAGCGCGCUGGAGCCGGUGCUCGCCGCGGGCGCGGGCGGCUGGGAGGCAGUGGUGAUCACCUCCCGCCGUGCCGCCGAGGCAUGGGUGGCCGCGGCCGCCUCCGUCACCUUGCCCGCCGAAGCCGAAGCCGAAGCCGAAGCAUGGUCCAGCGUGCAAGUCUACUCGCCCGGCCCGGCCGUCGGGUCCGUCCUCGACGCCUCGGGGCUGCCGCCUGCGUUGCGCCCGUCCCCGGGCCCAACGGCCAUCUCGGCGGCGUCUCUUGCGCCGCUGCUCCUCUCCGUGCCGCCGCGCGACGGCGCAGCAGGUUACCGCCCAUACCUCCUCCUCACGGGCGACAAGACGCUCCCGACGCUCGGGGACGCGCUGGCCGCUGCGGGCCGGCAGGCAAUCAAGGUGCAGGUGUACGCCACUGCGCCAGCGCCCUCACUCGCGGACGAUGUGGGGCGGCUUGAGGCUAGCCUGCGCUGGGCGGCACUCUUCUCGCCCAGCUCGGCCUCGUACGUGCUUCCCCUGCUCGAAGCGGCCGGGUUCGGCGUGCGCCCCGACGGCGCCCAGGAUAGACGGCUGCGCAUCGCGGCGAUUGGCGAGACGACGGCCGCGUGGCUCCGUGAUGCCGGGUAUGCGCUCGACGCAGUCGCGGCGACCCCUAAUGCCGAGGGACUGCUCGCUGCCAUCGACGCGGCGGAAGCUGGGGAACGGCGCAGUUGA